AUGCCCACAUCAGAGCAAAAAGGAGACCCCUCCCCCAGGAGCACAGACUACAUGGCAGACAUCUCAACGUCUGGUCAAGUCAGUGCCUUGUCCAGCUUCUCGCAGAAGAUCCCCCAGGACACUGCUUCUUCCCAUUCAGCUGCCUCUCUGGGUACCACCAUGCCAGGCUCCUUUGGCUCAGCUGGUCCAACGGUGUCUCCAGAGGACAAGACUAGCCCCCAGGGCAGAGGCCUGGCCACCACAUCAGGGAGUUCCCUCAGUCUCAGCCCUCCUAUGAUGGAGCCCCCUGUUUCCAUCAUCAGCACGGAGGCUGGCCCAUGGACACCUUCCUCUACCCCCAUGAGCAGUGUACCAAGGGCAACAGACAGCAGCACUCCCAACCUCUUGGACACCAUCCGGACUGGGGCCACCAGCCUAGUCUCUGUGCCUUCCUCAGAGGCAGGCAGUCCUGGGCUGUCCACACCCAGCCCACCCUCCUCUGCUGUCUUCAUCCAAUCCACAGAAGGCUCAGAACCCUCUGCCCCUGGGAUGGCGCUGACCUCUGGAGAAGAACCCAGAAGAUCGUGCAACCAGUCCAUUCGUGCCAUCUUCACUGGUUCCAGAGAACCUCUGGACAUCUGCCCCUUUCCUCUUGGGGACCACAUUCCUGAUGGACAUCACUUCGACUUUGGAACUUGCAUGUCCCCAUUCUGGUCAGAUGCUCCAGGGAGGAUGGAGAAUUGGGUGGUGGAGAGGAUCCCAGAGAGCCUAGGUGCCAGCACCCAGCAGGCUGCCCUGACUUCCCAGGAAGGUACCAGCUCUCCAGGCACUGAGCCCGUCUUGCCCACCACCAGGGUCAGUGAAUCAGACACAGGACUACCCAGCAGGAGCCCCAUGUCAACAGGUACCAGGAAUGCGUCCUCAAUGGACAGCGAGGACACAGAACUCAGCAGGCUGCCCGUGGUGGCUUCCACGCUGGGAAGUUCCACACUCAGGACACCGGCAGUGACCGUGUCCCCAGAGACAGCUGCUGGCUGCACCUCGGCUCAGGCCCGCAGCAUCCCUGAGGUCUCUGCCUCAGGAAGCCAAGAUCUGGAGGUGCCCUGGACGGCCACGUCUUCUCUGGCAGGAGCCUCCACUUCGCUUGUCUCUCCUGUGGGGGUGACCACGGACACUGGCUCGCUGCCUGUUGCUCCCACUUUGGCCGAGCUGCGGGGCCGGACAGAAUCCAGUGCUCCCCUGGGUGCCAGCUCCCAAGGGACAGUCUCCUCCUUUCUCCCCUGGGCCACCCCUGGUCGUGUCACUGCAACCGCCAGGGAGCCUGACACCUCCAGGCAUGCAGACACUGCUCCAGAAGCCUCCCUACAGCCCAGGAUCUCUGCUUCAGGGCCAACAAGCAGCCAGACCCUUGCUCUGUCUUCAUCGGGCACAGUGUCUGCUAGCCACGUCCCGGGCACCCUCCCCAUCUCCUCAGAGACACAGACGGUGGCUUUCACCAUCUCAGGGAAGCCAGACGUGCAGACAGGGACUGAAGAAGGCUCCUCUGUCGGGCCCCUCACUAGCCUGAAGACCACGUUUGCCCCCGAGCAAGGAGGAACAGCCUCGGCUAUGCCAUCCGUGGCAGGGCCCACAGCGACCAGGGCAGUGUCCACCACCAGCCCUGUGCCCACAGGGGCCUGGGGAACUGCCCUCACUGCCCGAGUGGAUGCCAGUUCCACGGGCACUCUGGACACUCCCCCAAGAGAGAGCGUUACCUCUCCUGGCUCUCCCAGUGUGGAACAGAGCACUGGCUAUUUCAACACACCUGGAGGCUCCUCUGCUUCCCUGGGCACCUUGACUGCUGUUGCCGUGACUGCAGAGCAGAGGACCCAUGCUACCUCCCUCUCCUCUGUGGAGACCCCCAAAGCUGAGGAGGGGGCGACUUCCAGGUCCUCUUCUGAAAGCUUCCUCCCCACGCGGGGCACCCAGAGCAGCAGCAGCCCAGGGGUGGCCUCCACCACGUUGCUCCCUGCUGAGGCCCGUUCUGCAAGCAGUCCUGCCGGCCCCGGGCACAGCACACAUCCCUAUGGUUCCCCCAUCCCUGCAGAGAGCACAGCUGGGCGAGUCACAGGUGUGACCACAGGUUCCCCCAGUGGCUCCCCUGUGGACACCACUGUAGGCCACACCUCAGGUGUUCCACCCACGAGUCUUGGGGCAGAGACCUCCUCCCGCCUUGUGCCCACCCAGGUGCCUGAAGCCUCCUCUAAGGGUGUUCCCGUUUCUGGCCUGCAUGAAGGUCCCAGUGUCCCAUGGCUUUCUGGACCACCUGCCACGCUUGGGAGUGCACUAAGCACAGGCCUCGGUUGGCUCUGGACUCCCACUGCAGCCACUCCUGAUGCCUCCUUGGGGAGCAGCCCCAUGGCAGAUGGCAUGAAUUCAGCUGUCCCCGGGACUGAGAGUGCCCAUCUGACCCCCAGCAGCAAGGGCGCUGACCUCCUCCCUACCUCUGCCACCUCUGCCUCACACCCUGAGAGCCCAACUUGGGGAGAAAGGGCUGGCCCAGCUGCUCCAUUGAGCACAGUCCAGCCUCUAGCACCAAUGUCCUCACACCCUCGUGCUGGAGCAACACUUUCCCUGACCUCUACAGCUCUUAGCUCACCUUGGCAGGGGACUAGAGACCAAGAGUGGUUGUCUACUGGUUCAGAGAUCGCCUCCCCUCGCCCCUUGGCCACUACCGCAGGGGAACGUUCAACCAGAGAUCUCUCAGCUCCUGUGACAGGAGUGGGCACCAAAGGGACAUUGGGUCAAGAGCCCAGUACAAGCCUUGGAGAGCGCCCGGCCUCCUCAAAGGACAGGGCACCCACAGGCACCAGCUCCAUUUCUCAAGACCAAUCCCUUGCUUUGGGUACCUCAAGUCCCCCAGUCAGUGCCCUGUUCCCAAGGACUGAUCCCCAGUCCCCAUUAGCCCUUGGCACAGUUGCAGAAGGCAGGUCCACUUCUCCUCUUUCCCCAGUCAUGGGGCUCAGCUUUUCAUCCAUUCCCACCAUGCCCACAUCAGAGCAAAAAGGAGUCCCCUCCCCCAGGAGCACAGACUACAUGGCAGACAUCUCAACGUCUGGUCAAGUCAGUGCCUUGUCCAGCUUCUCGCAGAAGAUCCCCCAGGACACUGCUUCUUCCCGUUCAGCUGCCUCUCUGGGUACCACCAUGCCAGGCUCCUUUGGCUCAGCCGGUCCAACGGUGUCUCCAGAGGACAAGACUAGCCCCCAGGGCAGAGGCCUGACCACCACAUCAGGGAGUUCUCUCAGUCUCAGCCCUCCUAUGACAGAGCCCCCUGUUUCCAUCAUCAGCACCGAGGCUGGCCCAUGGACACCUUCCUCUACCCCCAUGAGCAGUGUACCAAGGGCAACAGACAGCAGCACUCCCAACCUCUUGGACACCAUCCAGACUGGGGCCACCAGCCUAGUCUCUGUGCCUUCCUCAGAGGCAGGCAGUCCUGGGCUGUCCACACCCAGCCCACCCUCCUCUGCUGUCUUCAUCCAAUCCACAGAAGGCUCAGACCACUCUGCCCCUGAGAUGGCGCUGACCUCUGGGUCCACAUUUUUCAUUCCCACCACCAUGGAAUCAGAGAAGAACCCAGAAGAUCGUGCAACCAGUCCAUUCGUUCCAUCUUCACUGGUUCCAGAGAACCUCUGGACAUCUGCCCCUUCCCUCUCAGGGACCACAUUCCUGACGGACAUCACUUCGACUUUGGGGAUCCCAGAGAGCCUAGGUGCCAGUACCCAGCAGGCCGCCCUGACUUCCCAGGAAGGUACCAGCUCUCCAGGCACUGAGCCCGUCUUGCCCACCACCAGGGUCAGCGAAUCAGACACAGGACUACCCAGCAGGAGCCCCAUAUCAGCAGGUACCAGGAAUGCAUCCCCAACGGACAGUGAGGACACUGAACCCAGAAGCCUGCCCAUGGUGGCCUCCACACUGGGAAGUUCCAUGCUCAGGACACCGGCAGUGACCGUGUCCCCAGGGACAGCUGCUGGCUCCACCUCAGCCCAAGCCCCCAGCGUCCCUGAGGUCUCUGCCUCAGGGAGCCAAGACCUGGAGACGCCUGGGACAGACACGUCCUCUCUGGCAAGAGCCUCCACUUCCCUUGUCUCUCCUGUGGGGGUGACCACGGACAGUGGCUCCCUGCCUGUUGCUCCCACUUCGGCAGAGCUGUGGGGCUGGACAGAAUCCAUUGCUCCCCUGGGGAGCAGCUCCCAAGGGACGGUCUCCUCCUUUCUCUCCUCAGCCACCGAUGGUCCUGUCACCACAACUGCCAGGGAGCCUGACACCUCCAGGCAUGCAGACACUGCUCCAGCUGCCUCCUCCCACCCCGGGAUCUUUGCUUCAGGGCCAACAAGCAGCCAGACCCUUGCUCUGUCUUCAUCGGGCACAGUGCCUGCUAGCCACGUCCCGGGCACCCUCCCCAUCUCCUCAGAAACACACCCAGUGGCUUUCACUGUCUCAGGGACGCCAGACGUGCAGACAGGGACUGAAGAAAGCUCCUCUGGGGUGCCCCUCAGUGGCCUGAAGACCACGUUUUCCCCUGAGCAAGGAGGAACAGCCUCGGCUAUGCCAUCCGUGGCAGGGCCCACAGCGACCAGGGCAGUGUCCACCACCAGCCCUGUGCCCAUGGGGGCCUGGGGAACUGCCCUCACUGCCCUAGUGGAUGCCAGUUCUAUGGGGACUCUGGAGACUCCCGAGAGAGAGAGCGUGACCUCUCCUGCCCCUCCCAGUAUGGAACAGAGCACUGGCUAUUUCAACACACCUGGAGGCUCCUCUGCUUCCCUGGGCACCUUGACUGCUGUUGCCGCGACUGCAGAGCAGGGAACCCAUGCUACCUCCCUCUCCUCUGUGGAGACCCCCAAAGCUGAGGAGGGGGCGACUUCCAGGUCCUCUUCUGAGAGCUUCCUCCCCACGCGGGGCACCCAGAGCAGCAGCAGCCCAGGGGUGGCCUCCACCACGUUGCUCCCUGCUGAGGCCCGUUCUGCAAGCAGUCCUGCAGGCCCCGGGCACAGCACACAUCCCUAUGGCUCCCCCAUCCCUGCAGAGAUCACAGCUGGCCAAGUCACAGGGGUGCCUGAAACCUCCUCUAAUGGUGUUCCCGUUUCUGGCCCGCAUGAAGGUCCCAGUGUCCCAUGGCUUUCUGCACCAGCUGCCACGCUUGGGAGUGCGCUAAGCACAGGCCUUGGUUGGCUCUGGACUCCCACUGCAGUCACUCCUGAUGCCUCCUUGGGGAACAGCCCGAUGGCAGAUGGCAUGAGUUCAACUGUCCCAGGCACUGAGAGUGCCCAUCUGACUCCCAGCAGCAAGGGCACUGACCUCCUCCCUACCUCUGCCACCUCUGCAUCACACCCUGAGAGCCCAACUUGGGGAGAAGGGGCCGGCCCAGCUGCUCCAUUGAGCACAGUCCAGCCUCUAGCAUCCAUGUCCUCACACCCUCGUGCUGGAGCAACACUUUCCCUGACCUCUACGGCUCUUAGCUCACCUUGGCAGGGGACUAGAGACCAAGAGCGGUUGUCUACUGGUUCAGAGAUCGCCUCCCCUCGCCCCUUGGCCACUACCGCAGGGGAACGUUCAACCAGAGAUCUCUCAGCUCCUGUGACAGGAGUGGGCACCAAAGGGACAUUGGGUCAAGAGCCCAGUACCAGCCUUGGAGAGCGCCUGGCCUCCUCAAAGGACAGGGCACCCACAGGCACCAGCUCCAUUUCUCAAGACCAAUCCCUUGCUUUGGGUACCUCAAGUCCCCCAGUCAGUGCCCUCUUCCCAAGGACUGAUCCCCAGUCCCCAUUAGCCCUUGGCACAGUUGCAGAAGGCAGGUCCACUUCUCCUCUUUCCCCAGUCAUGGGGCUCAGCUUUUCAUCCAUUCCCACCAUGCCCACAUCAGAGCAAAAAGGAGUCCCCUCCCCCAGGAGCACAGACUACAUGGCAGACAUCUCAACGUCUGGUCAAGUCAGUGCCUUGUACAGCUUCUCGCAGAAGAUCCCCCAGGACACUGCUUCUUCCCAUUCAGCUGCCUCUCUGGGUACCACCGUGCCAGGCUUCAUUGUUCCAGCCAGUCCAACGGUCAUUCCUGAGGAGAAGACUAGCCCCCAGGGCAGAGGCCUGACCACCACAUCAGGGAGUUCCCUCAGUCUCAGCCCUCCUAUGACGGAGCCCCCUGUUUCCAUCAUCAGCACGGAGGCUGGCCCAUGGACACCUUCCUCUACCCCCAUGAGCAGUGUACCAAGGGCAACAGACAGCAGCACUCCCAACCUCUUGGACACCAUCCGGACUGGGGCCACCAGCCUAGUCUCUGUGCCUUCCUCAGAGGCAGGCAGUCCUGGGCUGUCCACACCCAGCCCACCCUCCUCUGCUCUCUUCAUCCAAUCCACAGAAGGCUCAGAACCCUCUGCCCCUGGGAUGGCGCUGACCUCUGGGUCCUCAUUUUUUGUUCCCUCCACCAUGGAAUCAGGGAUGAACCCCGAAGAUCGUGCAACCAGUCCAUUCGUGCCAUCUUCACUGGUUCCAGAGAACCUCUGGACAUCUGCCCCUUUCCUCUCGGGGACCACAUUCCUGAUGGACAUCACUUCGACUUUGGGGAUCCCAGAGAGCCUAGGUGCCAGCACCCAGCAGGCUGCCCUGACUUCCCAGGAAGGUACCAGCUCUCCAGGCACUGAGCCCGUCUUGCCCACCACCAGGGUCAGUGAAUCAGACACAGGACUACCCAGCAGGAGCCCCAUGUCAGCAGGUACCAGGAAUGCGUCCUCAAUGGACAGCGAGGACACAGAACUCAGCAGGCUGCCCGUGGUGGCUUCCACGCUGGGAAGUUCCACACUCAGGACACCGGCAGUGACCGUGUCCCCAGAGACAGCUGCUGGCUCCACCUCGGCUCAGGCCCGCAGCAUCCCUGAGGUCUCUGCCUCAGGAAGCCAAGAUCUGGAGGUGCCCUGGACGGCCACGUCUUCUCUGGCAGGAGCCUCCACUUCGCUUGUCUCUCCUGUGGGGGUGACCACGGACACUGGCUCGCUGCCUGUUGCUCCCACUUUGGCCGAGCUGCGGGGCCGGACAGAAUCCAGUGCUCCCCUGGGUGCCAGCUCCCAAGGGACAGUCUCCUCCUUUCUCCCCUGGGCCACCCCUGGUCGUGUCACUGCAACCGCCAGGGAGCCUGACACCUCCAGGCAUGCAGACACUGCUCCAGAAGCCUCCCUACAGCCCAGGAUCUCUGCUUCAGGGCCAACAAGCAGCCAGACCCUUGCUCUGUCUUCAUCGGGCACAGUGUCUGCUAGCCACGUCCCGGGCACCCUCCCCAUCUCCUCAGAGACACAGACGGUGGCUUUCACCAUCUCAGGGAAGCCAGACGUGCAGACAGGGACUGAAGAAGGCUCCUCUGUCGGGCCCCUCACUAGCCUGAAGACCACGUUUGCCCCCGAGCAAGGAGGAACAGCCUCGGCUAUGCCAUCCGUGGCAGGGCCCACAGCGACCAGGGCAGUGUCCACCACCAGCCCUGUGCCCACAGGGGCCUGGGGAACUGCCCUCACUGCCCGAGUGGAUGCCAGUUCCACGGGCACUCUGGACACUCCCCCAAGAGAGAGCGUUACCUCUCCUGGCUCUCCCAGUGUGGAACAGAGCACUGGCUAUUUCAACACACCUGGAGGCUCCUCUGCUUCCCUGGGCACCUUGACUGCUGUUGCCGUGACUGCAGAGCAGAGGACCCAUGCUACCUCCCUCUCCUCUGUGGAGACCCCCAAAGCUGAGGAGGGGGCGACUUCCAGGUCCUCUUCUGAAAGCUUCCUCCCCACGCGGGGCACCCAGAGCAGCAGCAGCCCAGGGGUGGCCUCCACCACGUUGCUCCCUGCUGAGGCCCGUUCUGCAAGCAGUCCUGCCGGCCCCGGGCACAGCACACAUCCCUAUGGUUCCCCCAUCCCUGCAGAGAGCACAGCUGGGCGAGUCACAGGUGUGACCACAGGUUCCCCCAGUGGCUCCCCUGUGGAUACCACUGUAGGCCACACCUCAGGUGUUCCACCCACGAGUCUUGGGGCAGAGACCUCCUCCCGCCUUGUGCCCACCCAGGUGCCUGAAGCCUCCUCUAAGGGUGUUCCCGUUUCUGGCCUGCAUGAAGGUCCCAGUGUCCCAUGGCUUUCUGGACCACCUGCCACGCUUGGGAGUGCACUAAGCACAGGCCUCGGUUGGCUCUGGACUCCCACUGCAGCCACUCCUGAUGCCUCCUUGGGGAGCAGCCCCAUGGCAGAUGGCAUAAAUUCAGCUGUCCCCGGGACUGAGAGUGCCCAUCUGACCCCCAGCAGCAAGGGCGCUGACCUCCUCCCUACCUCUGCCACCUCUGCCUCACACCCUGAGAGCCCAACUUGGGGAGAAGGGGCUGGCCCAGCUGCUCCAUUGAGCACGGUCCAGCCUCUAGCAUCAAUGUCCUCACACCCUCGUGCUGGAGCAACACUUUCCCUGACCUCUACAGCUCUUAGCUCACCUUGGCAGGGGACUAGAGACCAAGAGCGGUUGUCUACUGGUUCAGAGAUCGCCUCCCCUCGCCCCUUGGCCACUACCGCAGGGGAACGUUCAACCAGAGAUCUCUCAGCUCCUGUGACAGGAGUGGGCACCAAAGGGACAUUGGGUCAAGAGCCCAGUACAAGCCUUGGAGAGCGCCCGGCCUCCUCAAAGGACAGGGCACCCACAGGCACCAGCUCCAUUUCUCAAGACCAAUCCCUUGCUUUGGGUACCUCAAGUCCCCCAGUCAGUGCCCUGUUCCCAAGGACUGAUCCCCAGUCCCCAUUAGCCCUUGGCACAGUUGCAGAAGGCAGGUCCACUUCUCCUCUUUCCCCAGUCAUGGGGCUCAGCUUUUCAUCCAUUCCCACCAUGCCCACAUCAGAGCAAAAAGGAGUCCCCUCCCCCAGGAGCACAGACUACAUGGCAGACAUCUCAACGUCUGGUCAAGUCAGUGCCUUGUCCAGCUUCUCGCAGAAGAUCCCCCAGGACACUGCUUCUUCCCGUUCAGCUGCCUCUCUGGGUACCACCAUGCCAGGCUCCUUUGGCUCAGCCGGUCCAACGGUGUCUCCAGAGGACAAGACUAGCCCCCAGGGCAGAGGCCUGACCACCACAUCAGGGAGUUCUCUCAGUCUCAGCCCUCCUAUGACAGAGCCCCCUGUUUCCAUCAUCAGCACCGAGGCUGGCCCAUGGACACCUUCCUCUACCCCCAUGAGCAGUGUACCAAGGGCAACAGACAGCAGCACUCCCAACCUCUUGGACACCAUCCAGACUGGGGCCACCAGCCUAGUCUCUGUGCCUUCCUCAGAGGCAGGCAGUCCUGGGCUGUCCACACCCAGCCCACCCUCCUCUGCUGUCUUCAUCCAAUCCACAGAAGGCUCAGACCACUCUGCCCCUGAGAUGGCGCUGACCUCUGGGUCCACAUUUUUCAUUCCCACCACCAUGGAAUCAGAGAAGAACCCAGAAGAUCGUGCAACCAGUCCAUUCGUUCCAUCUUCACUGGUUCCAGAGAACCUCUGGACAUCUGCCCCUUCCCUCUCAGGGACCACAUUCCUGACGGACAUCACUUCGACUUUGGGGAUCCCAGAGAGCCUAGGUGCCAGUACCCAGCAGGCCGCCCUGACUUCCCAGGAAGGUACCAGCUCUCCAGGCACUGAGCCCGUCUUGCCCACCACCAGGGUCAGCGAAUCAGACACAGGACUACCCAGCAGGAGCCCCAUAUCAGCAGGUACCAGGAAUGCAUCCCCAACGGACAGUGAGGACACUGAACCCAGAAGCCUGCCCAUGGUGGCCUCCACACUGGGAAGUUCCAUGCUCAGGACACCGGCAGUGACCGUGUCCCCAGGGACAGCUGCUGGCUCCACCUCAGCCCAAGCCCCCAGCGUCCCUGAGGUCUCUGCCUCAGGGAGCCAAGACCUGGAGACGCCUGGGACAGACACGUCCUCUCUGGCAAGAGCCUCCACUUCCCUUGUCUCUCCUGUGGGGGUGACCACGGACAGUGGCUCCCUGCCUGUUGCUCCCACUUCGGCAGAGCUGUGGGGCUGGACAGAAUCCAUUGCUCCCCUGGGGAGCAGCUCCCAAGGGACGGUCUCCUCCUUUCUCUCCUCGGCCACCGAUGGUCCUGUCACCACAACUGCCAGGGAGCCUGACACCUCCAGGCAUGCAGACACUGCUCCAGCUGCCUCCUCCCACCCCGGGAUCUUUGCUUCAGGGCCAACAAGCAGCCAGACCCUUGCUCUGUCUUCAUCGGGCACAGUGCCUGCUAGCCACGUCCCGGGCACCCUCCCCAUCUCCUCAGAAACACACCCAGUGGCUUUCACUGUCUCAGGGACGCCAGACGUGCAGACAGGGACUGAAGAAAGCUCCUCUGGGGUGCCCCUCAGUGGCCUGAAGACCACGUUUUCCCCUGAGCAAGGAGGAACAGCCUCGGCUAUGCCAUCCGUGGCAGGGCCCACAGCGACCAGGGCAGUGUCCACCACCAGCCCUGUGCCCAUGGGGGACUGGGGAACUGCCCUCACUGCCCGAGUGGAUGCCAGUUCUAUGGGGACUCUGGAGACUCCCGAGAGAGAGAGCGUGACCUCUCCUGCCCCUCCCAGUGUGGAACAGAGCACUGGCUAUUUCAACACACCUGGAGGCUCCUCUGCUUCCCUGGGCACCUUGACUGCUGUUGCCGCGACUGCAGAGCAGGGAACCCAUGCUACCUCCCUCUCCUCUGUGGAGACCCCCAAAGCUGAGGAGGGGGUGACUUCCAGGUCCUCUUCUGAGAGCUUCCUCCCCACGCGGGGCACCCAGAGCAGCAGCAGCCCAGGGGUGGCCUCCACCACGUUGCUCCCUGCUGAGGCCCGUUCUGCAAGCAGUCCUGCAGGCCCCGGGCACAGCACACAUCCCUAUGGCUCCCCCAUCCCUGCAGAGAUCACAGCUGGCCAAGUCACAGGGGUGACCACCGGUUCCCCCAGUGGCUCCCCUGUGGACACCACUGUAGGCCACACCUCAGGUGUUCCACCCACGAGUCUUGGGGCAGAGACCUCCUCCCACCUUGUGCCCACCCAGGUGCCUGAAACCUCCUCUAAUGGUGUUCCCGUUUCUGGCCCGCAUGAAGGUCCCAGUGUCCCAUGGCUUUCUGCACCAGCUGCCACGCUUGGGAGUGCGCUAAGCACAGGCCUUGGUUGGCUCUGGACUCCCACUGCAGUCACUCCUGAUGCCUCCUUGGGGAACAGCCCGAUGGCAGAUGGCAUGAGUUCAACUGUCCCAGGCACUGAGAGUGCCCAUCUGACUCCCAGCAGCAAGGGCACUGACCUCCUCCCUACCUCUGCCACCUCUGCAUCACACCCUGAGAGCCCAACUUGGGGAGAAGGGGCCGGCCCAGCUGCUCCAUUGAGCACAGUCCAGCCUCUAGCAUCCAUGUCCUCACACCCUCGUGCUGGAGCAACACUUUCCCUGACCUCUACGGCUCUUAGCUCACCUUGGCAGGGGACUAGAGACCAAGAGCGGUUGUCUACUGGUUCAGAGAUCGCCUCCCCUCGCCCCUUGGCCACUACCGCAGGGGAACGUUCAACCAGAGAUCUCUCAGCUCCUGUGACAGGAGUGGGCACCAAAGGGACAUUGGGUCAAGAGCCCAGUACCAGGCUUGGAGAGCGCCCGGCCUCCUCAAAGGACAGGGCACCCACAGGCACCAGCUCCAUUUCUCAAGACCAAUCCCUUGCUUUGGGUACCUCAAGUCCCCCAGUCAGUGCCCUCUUCCCAAGGACUGAUCCCCAGUCCCCAUUAGCCCUUGGCACAGUUGCAGAAGGCAGGUCCACUUCUCCUCUUUCCCCAGUCAUGGGGCUCAGCUUUUCAUCCAUUCCCACCAUGCCCACAUCAGAGCAAAAAGGAGUCCCCUCCCCCAGGAGCACAGACUACAUGGCAGACAUCUCAACGUCUGGUCAAGUCAGUGCCUUGUCCAGCUUCUCGCAGAAGAUCCCCCAGGACACUGCUUCUUCCCAUUCAACUGCCUCUCUGGGUACCACCGUGCCAGGCUUCAUUGUUCCAGCCAGUCCAACGGUCAUUCCUGAGGAGAAGACUAGCCCCCAGGGCAGAGACCUGACCACCACAUCAGGGAGUUCCCUCAGUCUCAGCCCUCCUAUGACGGAGCCCCCUGUUUCCAUCAUCAGCACGGAGGCUGGCCCAUGGACACCUUCCUCUACCCCCAUGAGCAGUGUACCAAGGGCAACAGACAGCAGCACUCCCAACCUCUUGGACACCAUCCAGACUGGGGCCACCAGCCUAGUCUCUGUGCCUUCCUCAGAGGCAGGCAGUCCUGGGCUGUCCACACCCAGCCCACCCUCCUCUGCUCUCUUCAUCCAAUCCACAGAAGGCUCAGAACCCUCUGCCCCUGGGAUGGCGCUUACCUCUGGGUCCUCAUUUUUUGUUCCCUCCACCAUGGAAUCAGGGAUGAACCCCGAAGAUCGUGCAACCAGUCCAUUCGUGCCAUCUUCACGGGUUCCAGAGAACCUCUGGACAUCUGCCCCUUUCCUCUCGGGGACCACAUUCCUGAUGGACAUCACUUCGACUUUGGGGAUCCCAGAGAGCCUAGGUGCCAGUACCCAGCAGGCCGCCCUGACUUCCCAGGAAGGUACCAGCUCUCCAGGCACUGAGCCUGUCUUGCCCACCACCAGGGUCAGUGAAUCAGCUCGGCUCAUUGUCUCUGUGGCAGGGAGCUUUCGUCGAUGCAAGGGCAGGUCCUGGAGGAGGUGCCAGGACACAGGACUACCCAGCAGGAGCCCCAUGUCAGCAGGUACCAGGAAUGCGUCCCCAAUGGACAUCGAGGACACAGAACCCAGCAGGCUGCCCGUGGUGGCCUCCAUGCUGGGAAGUUCCACACUCAGGACACCGGCAGUGACCGUGUCCCCAGGGACAGCAGCUGGCUCCACCUCGGCUCAGGCCCGCAGCGUCCCUGAGGUCUCUGCCUCAGGGAGCCAAGAUCUGGCGGUGCCCUGGCCGGCCACAUCUUCUCUGGCAGGAGCCUCCACUUCCCUUGUCUCUCCUGUGGGGGUUACCACGGACACUGGCUCGCUGCCUGUUGCUCCCACUUUGGCCGAGCUGCGGGGCCGGACAGAAUCCAGUGCUCCCCUGGGUGCCAGCUCCCAAGGGACAGUCUCCUCCUUUCUCCCCUCGGCCACCCCUGGUCGUGUCACUGCAACUGCCAGGGAGCCUGACAUCUCCAGGCAUGCAGACACUGCUCCAGAAGCCUCCCUACAGCCCAGGAUCUCUGCUUCAGGGCCAACAAGCAGCCAACCUCUUGCUCUGUCUUCAUCGGCCAUAGUGUCUGCUAGCCACGUCCCAGGCACCCUCCCCAUCUCCUCAGAGACACAGACGGUGGCUUUCACCAUCUCAGGGAAGCCAGACGUGCAGACAGGGACUGAAGAAAGCUCCUCUGGGGUGCCCCUCAGUAGCCUGAAGACCACAUUUUCCCCUGAGCAAGGAGGAACAGCCUCGGCUAUGCCAUCCGUGGCAGGGCCCACAGCGACCAGGGCAGUGUCCACCACCAGCCCUGUGCCCACAGGGGCCUGGGGAACUGCCCUCACUGCCCGAGUGGAUGCCAGUUCCACGGGCACUCUGGACACUCCCCCAAGAGAGAGCGUUACCUCUCCUGGCUCUCCCAGUGUGGAACAGAGCACUGGCUAUUUCAACACACCUGGAGGCUCCUCUGCUUCCCUGGGCACCUUGACAGCUGUUGCCGUGACUGCAGAGCAGAGGACCCAUGCUACCUCCCUCUCCUCUGUGGAGACCCCCAAAGCUGAGGAGGGAGCCACUUCCAGGUCCUCUUCUGAGAGCUUCCUCCCCACGCGGGGCACCCAGAGCAGCAGCAGCCCAGGGGUGGCCUCCACACUGGGAAGUUCUACUCUCAGGAAACCGGCAGUGACCCCAGGGCCAGCUGCUGGCUCCACCUCAGCUCAGGCCCCCAGCUUCCCUGAGGUCUCUGCCUCAGUGAGCGAAGAUCUAGAGACGCCCGGAACAGACACAUCCUCUCUUGUAGGAGCCUCUACUUCGCGCGGCUCUCCUGUGGGAGUGACCACUGGCACUGGCUCCCUGCCUGUUGCUCCCACUUCGGCAGAGCUGCGGGGCCGGACAGAAUCCAGUACUCCCUCGGGCGCCAGUUCCCAAGGGACAAUCUCCUCCUUUCUCCCCUCCGCCACUCCUGGUCCUGUCACCACAACUGCCAGGGAGCCUGACACCUCCAGGCAUGCAGACACUGCUCCAGCUGCCUCCUCCCACCCCGGGAUCUCUGCUUCAGUGCCAACAAGUAGCCAGACACUUGUUCUGUCUUCAUUGGCCUCAGUGUCUGCUAGCCACGUCCCGGGCACCCUCCCCAUUUCCUCAGAGACACACCCAGUGGCUUUCACCAUCUCAGGGAAGCCAGACGUGCAGACAGGGACUGAAGCAGGCUCCUCUGGGGUUCCCCUCAGUAGCCUGAAGACCACGUUUUCCCCUGAGCAAGGAGGAACAGCCUCGGCUAUGCCAUCCGUGGCAGGGCCCACAGCGACCAGGGCAGUGUCCACCACCAGCCCUGUGCCCACAGGGGCCUGGGGAACUGCCCUCACUGCCCAAGUGCAUGCCAGUUCCACGGGGACUCUGGAGACUCCCCCAAGGGAGAGCGUGACCUCUCCUGGCCCUCCCAGUGUGGAACAGAGCACUGGCUAUUUCAACACACCUGGAGGCUCCUCUGCUUCCCUGGGUACCUUGACUGCUGUUGCUGUGACUGCAGAGCAGGGGACCCAUGCUACCUCCCUCUCCUCUGUGGAGACCCCCAAAGCUGAGGAGGGGGCGACUUCCAGGUCCUCUUCUGAGAGCUUCCUCCCCACGCGGGGCACCCAGAGCAGCAGCAGCCCAGGGGUGGCCUCCACCACAUUGCUCCCUGCUGAGGCCCGUUCUGCAAGCAGUCCUGCAGGCCCCGGGCACAGCACACAUCCUUAUGGCUCCCCCAUCCCUGCAGAGAUCACAGCUGGCCAAGUCACAAGGGUGACCACCGGUUCCCCCAGUGGCUCCCCUGUGGACACCACUGUAGGCCACACCUCAGGUGUUCCACCCACGAGUCUUGGGGCAGAGACCUCCUCCCGCCUUGUGCCCACCCAGGUGCCUGAAGCCUCCUCUAAGGGUGUUCCCGUUUCUGGCCUGCAUGAAGGUCCCAGUGUCCCAUGGCUUUCUGCACCAGCUGCCACGCUUGGGAGUGCACUAAGCACAGGCCUCGGUUGGCUCUGGACUCCCACUGCAGCCACUCCUGAUGCCUCCUUGGGGAGCAGCCCCAUGGCAGAUGGCAUGAGUUCAACUGUCCCCGGGACUGAGAGUGCCCAUCUGACUCCCAGCAGCAAGGGCACUGACCUCCUCCCUACCUCUGCCACCUCUGCCUCACACCCUGAGAGCCCAACAUGGGGAGAAGGGGCUGGCCCAGCUGCUCCAUUGAGCACGGUCCAGCCUCUAGCAUCAAUGUCCUCACACCCUCGUGCUGGAGCAACACUUUCCCUGACCUCUACGGCUCUUAGCUCACCUUGGCAGGGGACUAGAGACCUGGAGGGGUUGUCUACAGGUUCAGAGAUCGCCUCCCCUCGCCCCUUGGCCACUACCGCAGGGGAACGUUCAACCAGAGAUCUCUCAGCUCCUGUGACAGGAGUGGCUACCAAAGGGACAUUUGGUCAAGAGCCCAGUACCAGCCUUGGAGAGAGCCCGGCCUUCUCAAAGCACAGGGCACCCACAGUCACCAGCCCCAUUUCUCAGGACCAAUCCCUUGCUUUGGGUACCUCAAGUCCCCCAGUCAGUGCCCUGUUCCCAGGGACUGAUCCCCAGUCCCCAUUAGCCCUUGGCACAGUUGCAGAAGGCAGGUCCACUUCUCCUCUUUCCCCAGUCAUGGGGCUCAGCUUUUCAUCCAUUCCCACCAUGCCCACAUCAGAGCAAAAAGGAGUCCCCUCCCCCAGGAGCACAGACUACAUGGCAGACAUCUCAACGUCUGGUCAAGUCAGUGCCUUGUCCAGCUUCUCGCAUAAGAUCCCCCAGGACACUGCUUCUUCCCAUUCAGCUGCCUCUCUGGGUACCACCAUGCCAGGAUCCUUUGGCUCAGCCGGUCCAAUGGUGUCUCCAGAGGAGAAGACUAGCCCCCAGGGCAGAGGCCUGACCACCACAUCAGGGAGUUCCCUCAGUCUCAGCCCUCCUAUGACGGAGCCCCCGGUUUCCAUCAUCAGCAAGGAGGCUGGCCCAUGGACACCUUCCUCUACCCCCUUGAGCAGUGAACCAUGGGCAACAGACAGCAGCACUCCCAACCUCUUGGACACCAUCCGGACUGUGGCCACCAGCCCAGUCUCUGUGCCUUCCUCAGACGCAGGCACUCAUAGGCUGUCCACACCCAGCCCACACUCCUCUGCUGUCUUCAUCCAAUCCACAGAAGGUUCAGACCCCUCUGCUCCUGGGAUGGCAUCAACCUCUUGGUCCUUGUUUUUAGUUCCCACCACCACGGAGUCAGAGACAAACCCAGAAGAUCGUGCAACCAGUCCAUUCGUGCCAUCUUCACUGGUUCCAGAGAACCUCUGGACAUCUGCCCCUUUCCUCUCAGGGACCACAUUCCUGAUGGACAUCACUUCGACUUUGGGGAUCCCAGAGAGCCUAGGUGCCGGUACCCAGCCGGCCGCCCUGACUUCCCAGGAAGGUACCAGCUCUCCAGACACUCAGCCCGUCUUGCCCACCACCAGGGUCAGUGAAUCAGACCCAGGACUACCCAGCAGGAGCCCCAUGUCAGCAGGUACCAGGAAUGCAUCCCCAAUGGACAGCCAGGACACAGAACCCAGCAGCCUGCCCAUGGUGGCCUCCACACUGGGAAGUUCCACGCUCAGGACAGGGGCAGUGAUCGUGUCCCCAGGGACAGCUGCUGGCUCCACCUCAGCCCAGGCCCCCAGCUUCCCUGAGGUCUCUGCCUCAGGGAUCCAAGAUCUGGAGACACCCUGGAUGGCCACGUCCUCUCUGGCAGGAGCCUCCACUUCCCUUGUCUCUCCUGUGGGGGUGACCAUGGACACUGGCUCGCUGCCUGUUGCUCCCACUUUGGCCGAGCUGCGGGGCCGGACAGAAUCCACUGCUCCCCCGGGGAGCAGCUCCCAAGGGACGGUCUCCUCCUUUCUCUCCUCGGCCACCGCUGGUCCUGUCACCACAACUGGCAAGGAACCUGACACCUCCAGGCAUGCAGACCCUGCUCCAGCUGCCUCCUCCCACCCCGGGAUCUUUGCUUCAGGGCCAACAAGCAGCCAGACCCUUGCUCUGUCUUCAUCGGGCACAGUGUCUGCUAGCCACGUCCUGGGCACCCUCCCCAUCUCCUCAGAGACACAGACGGUGGCUUUCACCAUCUCAGGGAAGCCAGACGUGCAGACAGGGACUGAAGAAAGCUCCUCUGGGGUGCCCCUCAGUGGCCUGAAGACCACGUUUUCCCCUGAGCAAGGAGGAACAGCCUCGGCUAUGCCAUCCGUGGCAGGGCCCACAGCGACCAGGGCAGUGUCCACCACCAGCCCUGUGCCCACGGGGGCCUGGGGAACUGCCCUCACUGCCCGAGUGGAUGCCAGUUCUAUGGGGACUCUGGAGACUCCCGAGAGAGAGAGCGUGACCUCUCCUGGCCCUCCCAGUGUGGAACAGAGCACUGGCUAUUUCAACACACCUGGAGGCUCCUCUGCUUCCCUGGGCACCUUGACUGCUGUUGCUCUGACUACGGAGCAGGGGACCCAUGCUACCUCCUUCUCCUCUGUGGAGACCCCCAAAGCUGAGGAGGGGGCGACUUCCAGGUCCUCUUCUGAGAGCUUCCUCCCCACGCGGGGCACCCAGAGCAGCAGCAGCCCAGGGGUGGCCUCCACCACGUUGCUCCCUGCUGAGGCCCGUUCUGCAAGCAGUCCUGCAGGCCCUGGGCACAGCACACAUCCCUAUGGCUCCCCCAUCCCUGCAGAGAUCACAGCUGGCCAAGUCACAGGGGUGACCACCGGUUCCCCCAGUGGCUCCCCUGUGGACACCACUGUAGGCCACCCUUCUAGUGUUGCAGCCACGAGUCUUGGGGCAGAGACCUCCUCCCACCUUGUGCCCACCCAGGUGCCUGAAACCUCCUCUAAUGGUGUUCCCGUUUCUGGCCCGCAUGAAGGUCCUAGUGCCCCAUGGCUUUCUGCACCAGUUGCCACACUUGGGAGUGCUCUAAGCACAAGCCUCGUUUGGCUAUGGACUCCCACUGCAGCCACUCCUGAUGCCUCCUUGGGGAGCAGCCCUAUGGCAGAUGGCAUGAGUUCAACUGUCCCAGGCACUGAGAGUGCCCAUCUGACUCCCAGCAGCAAGGGCACUGACCUCCUCCCUACCUCUGCCACCUCUGCCUCACACCCUGCAAGCCCAACUUGGGGAGAAGGGGCUGGCCCAGCUGCUCCAUUGAGCACGGUCCAGCCUCUAGCAUCAAUGUCCUCACACCCUCGUGCUGGAGCAACACUUUCCCUGACCUCUACGGCUCUUAGCUCACCUAGGCAGGGGACUAGAGACCAAGAGGGGUUGUCUACUGGUUCAGAGAUUGCCUCCCCUCGCCCCUUUGCCACUACCGUAGAGGAACGUUCAAGCAGAGAUCUCUCAGCUCCUGUGACAGGAGUGGGCACCAAAGGGACAUUGGGUCAAGAGCCCAGUACCAGCCUUGGAGAGCGCCCGGCCUCCUCAAAGGACAGGGCACCCACAGGCACCAGCUCCAUUUCUCAGGACCAAUCCUUUGCUUUGGGUACCUCAAGUCCCCCAGUCAGUGCCCUGUUCCCAAGGACUGAUCCCCAGUCCCCAUUAGCCCUUGGCACAGUUGCAGAAGGCAGGUCCACUUCUCCUCUUUCCCCAGUCACGGGGCUCAGCUUUUCAUCCAUUCCCACCAUGCCCGCAUCCGAACAAAAAGGAGUCCCCUCCCCCAGGAGCACAGACUACAUGGCAGGCAUCUCAACGUCUGGUCAAGUCAGUGCCUUGUCCAGCUUCUCGCAGAAGAUCCCCCAGGACACUGCUUCUUCCCGUUCAGCUGCCUCUCUGGGUACCACCAUGCCAGGCUCCUUUGGCUCAGCCGGUCCAACGGUGUCUCCACAGGAGAAGACUAGCCCCCAGGGCAGAGGCCUGACCACCACAUCAGGGAGUUCCCUCAGUCUCAGCCCUCCUAUGACGGAGCCCCCGGUUUCCAUCAUUCGCACGGAGGCUGGCCCAUGGACACCUUCCUCUACCCCCUUGAGCAGCGAACCCAGGGCAACAGAUAGCAGCACUCCCAACCUCUUGGACACCAUCCGGACUGUGGCCACCAGCCCAGUCUCUGUGCCUUCCUCAGAGGCAGGCAGUCCUGGGCUGUCCACACCUAGCCCACCCUCCUCUGCUCUCUUCAUCCAAUCCACAGAAGGCUCAGACCCCUCUGCCCCUGGGAUGGCGCCGACCUCUGGGUCCACAUUUUUCGUUCCCACCACCACGGAGUCAGCGAUGAACCCAGAAGAUCGUGCAACCAUUCCAUUCGUGCCAUCUUCACUGGUUCCAGAGAACCUCUGGACAUCUGCCCCUUCCCUCUCAGGGACCACAUUCCUGACGGACAUCACUUCGCCUUUGGGGAUCCCAGAGAGCCUAGGUGCCAGCACCCACCAGGCCGCCCUGACUUCCCAGGAAGGUACCAGCUCCCCAGGCACUGAGCCCGGCUUGCCCACUACCAGGGUCAGCGAAUCAGACACACCAGUAGCAGAAACAUCUCCCAGAGUGAGUCACAGCACCACCCUGACUCCAAGGCCCACUACAGUUGAAUCAUCCCAUACCACUGUCUCGGUCCCAGCAAAGGAAGUCAGCUCCAUUUUGCCUCCAUCCUCAACUUCUACAGCCAUUAGUGCCACAGAAACCAGGCCAAGCCCACAUUUGCCUCUGAGGCAAACCAUUCCAGAGAAGCAGGACACCCAGACAGUAACAGAGCCAGGGUCAGCUGCUCAGCCCUCCACUGCUCUCAGCAUCAUUCCAACAUCAAUUGGAGGAGACACAAAGACCUUGGUGUCUACAGAAUGGCCGACAGAAGAUAAAACUUUGUCCAGCACCUUUCCAGACAGAGAACACAUGAACUCUCCAAGCCCAGGAGUCUUGCCUGACAGGGCCUCCACUUCUCUGCCCAGUUUAAAUGGAGGGACUUCUGUGGGGAGCACAACAGGCAUUGCCAUUCCUGGAGCCCAGAUAAGCCCAGCUGAUCCCCCUACCCCAGAGCCCACAGAGCUCACAGUUCCUGAUGGGGACACUUCCUCUGUUGUACCAGUGAUGGAUUUCAGCACCAGGGACAGUGGAAAAUUACAGAGUAGUUUCGCCUCCAGCAGCACUCCAGUGUGGGAGACCAGCAGAGCAGGCAGCACUGCAGCCUCAGAUAGUAGCACACUCACUCCAGGGAUGUUGAAUCCUUCUGAGAGCACUGCUAACCCCACGUCAAGUCCUGUGGGAGGGUCCAGCCCAGCGCCAGCUGUCUAUACCACUCCUUCCCACACCCCAAGUUCUACAGGGACCGGGUUUGGGGGGAAGAGAGACUCAUCCUUUGUAAUGACCACACCAGUGCCUGCUGUCUCCAUCACCAGCAUCUCUGGGGCUCUGCCUGGAACAAAACCAGGGGACCCCUGGUCCUCCACCUCCACUGAAGCCACAGAUCUCACCACGAUUGAUAUAGAUAUUAAGUCUACUUUGCCACAGACCUUCUCUCCUUCAUCUCCAGUCACAUCAUCUGAGGUUAUUUACGAAGCUGAGGACAUGAGCUCCAGUGCUCCUGGGACUGAGAGCAUGAGUGUCUUCCUCAGCAGCAAGGUCACAAACAUGGUUUCUCUUUACCCCAAGAUCACUGCCACUCGAGAGUUUCUGGGCACCAUGGGGCAGAGUAGCACAGGUGCUUCACCGUUCACUUCUUCACCUGGACUUCCUGUGACUUCAGCCACUAUCAUGGGAGGGGCACCAAGUAUGUCAGGUACCACUACUGGCUCAACUUCACAGGUGACUAUAACUUAUGGAGUCCCAUAUAGAGACUCAAAGAGGACUUCGGGUCUCCCAUUGGCCACAGAGGGCCCAGUCAAUACUGUCACAGCCAAGAUAACUAGCUACAUCUCUAUGGCUCCUACAGAGCACAGCACAGAAGCUCAAGGGAGCUCAGCCCUGCUUCUUACCACCAGCCCUAACUCCAUGCCUCUCCCUGGACAAAGUACAAUUUUCCCUUUAUCUACCACAGCUGAAGCCAGGGCUCUCACCAUCACUGGGACAAAUACCACCCCUGUGUGGCCAAACACACUCUCCUCUUCAACUCCUAUAACCUCAUCUGGAGUUACUCCCUUCAAUGAGAACAUAAGCUUAGCUGCCCCAAAGACCAAUACCACAAGUCUCAUCUUCAGCCCUAAAAUCACAGACACCAUCCCUCUUUCCCCUGUGGUCACCCUCAGCCCUGAGCUUUCAAGUCCAGAGUCAGAGAAAAGCACAGAUGUCCCAUUGACCACCACUUCUUCUAAAGCUCCAGUAUUCUCAGACACUAAUCCUGUAAGCUCAUCAGUCACCUCUGCUGGCUCAACUCCCCUGGGGACCACUGCUCCAUAUGCAGACAGAGAGAUGAGUUCAGAGCUUCCCCUGACCACCUUAACCAAAGAGACCACAGAAAGUACUUCUACAGGAAGGGUGAUAGAAGGUAUCCCCUCAGUUCCUCCAGGGAUCAACACUGGAGCUGACGUGAGCUCAGCCAUCCCUCCUUCUACAAGUCCAGGAGAAAGUCCAAAAAGUUCAGAAGCUACGUCUCCCAAAGAUAGAAGCUCUUCCUCUAUGUGGCCAGAGACUCCUGUCCAUAUUGGAUCAGGUUCAAGUCUGGCCACUGUGAGCCAGGCUGAGUUAUCUGAAACCCACAGUCCAUCAAUCAUCACCAAAGUCCCACAGGAGAGUGACACGGAAUUCCCAUUGUCUUCUAUUGCAACUGAUACCACUAAAAGAGUGACCAUAGCAGAUUCCACUCUGAUCUCAGGACUUGAUGAGAGCCAGGCUUCAACAGGCAUCACCAUCUCAGGGACAGAGGCCAGCAGGACCUAUCCCAUCUCAUUUCCUCCUUCAGAAAGUCACAAGACACAUACCACUAGUCCUGAGAGGGCAACAAGCACUGAUCAAGCACUGUCCACUCUGCCAACUGAGAAAUUAUUGGAAACAGGCACCAGUUCAGCUACUUAUAUUUCCAACAUGCUUUCUGAUGUCACUACUUCAGCACCUCAGACAAGUCCCCAAGGGUUUGAGAGUAAAAGCAUGUCUGCCCUGGAGGCCCAAACUGCCCUACCACCCAAGUCUGGGCCCCUUUCCUGUCUUAACUACUCCUGUGACCUUGACAAGCACAAGUCCCCUUUGGACAACUCCCUCACUGGAGUACUCAGGGUCAGCCAGCUCAACUGCAGAGUCUGUGAAGAGCUCAGGGGAGACACCAACCCUGGUUGUCACCCUGCCUCCAGCCAGAACACAGGAAAUCUGGACAUCAGCAUCUCCCAGUCCAACUCCCAUGGCCACAGAAGGCAGCAGUGCCAGGGCAGGGACAGCCUCUGUUUCUGCUCAAGUGGUGACGCUGGUGUGGUGCAGACCACACAUGCCCCAGGUCAUGGAGCAUCAGGAAGCACAGCAGCACUGACGAGGAGCCCCCGGAUACCUGGGUCCACCGUUAUACCUACAGAACUCACAGCUCAGGAUCCAGUGAUCCUUUUGAAGACCGCACCAAUGAUCUGGGAUGCUCAGUCAGGAACAGAGCCAGGCUCAGCUGCUAUGUCCUUCACUGCUCCCAGCAUCAUCCCAACAGCUGAUGAAGGGGACACAAGAACUUUCUUGGUGUCUCCAGAGGGUCCAAUAGAAGGUGGUGAGGCUAGCAUAGCGGCCAUCACACACAUCCAAGACCAAGGAGCUGCAAGAGGCACUGAAGCAAUAAGUGGCCCCCUGGUAACUUUGUCUGCUGGCAGUCCCACGACCACAGGAACUGUAAUUAGUCCCACUUUGCCUCUGUCCUCGACAACUACAGUCACCGAAAUCAGGCCUGUGUGGCAAACCACCCCAGAGAAGCGGGAUGCUCAGACAGGAACAGAGCCACGUUCAACUGCUCGGCCCUCCACUGCUCCCAGCAUCAUCCCAACAUCUGCUGGAGGGGACACAAGCACUUUCUUGGUGUCUACAGAAGCACCAACAGAAGGUAAAACUGUGGCCAGCACCUUUCCAGAGAACACAGACACCCCCAGAAGCACUCACAGAGAGCACACGAACUCCCCAAGCCCAGGAGUAACUCUCUGGCUUGACAUGGCCUCCACCUCUUCUCUGCCCAGUCCAACUGAAGGGACCAGCUACUCCAGGACUGUCCCCUCAACUUCUUUGGGGAGCAUGACAGGCAUUGCCAUGCCUGGAGCCCAGACAAGUCCAGCUGAACCUCCUACCCCAGAGCUCACAGAGCCCACAACUCCUGAGAGGGGCUCUCCCUCCAUUGUACCUGAGACAUCUUCAGGAGUCACUCUGGGCAUUGCAAGUCCUGGAUUCUCCAUGACUCCAGCAGAGUCCAUAACCACUUCAGGCUCCAGUGGUCCCUUAAAGAUCAGCCCAAAAGGGACAAUUUCUUCUCCAUUCCCUGCAGACACACCAGUAGCAGAAACAUCUCCCAGAGAGAGUCACAGCACCACCCUGACUCCAAGGCCCACUACAGUUGAAUCAUCCCAUACCACUGUCUCGGUCCCAGCAAAGGAAGUCAGCUCCAUUUUGCCUCCAUCCUCAACUUCUACAGCCAUUAGUGCCACAGAAACCAGGCCAAGCCCAGACUUGCCUCUGAGGCAAACCACUCCAGAGAAGCAGGACACCCAGACAGUAACAGAGCCAGGGUCAGCUGCUCAGCCCUCCACUGCUCCCAGCAUCAUUCCAACAUCAACUGGAGGAGACACAAAGACCUUGGUGUCUACAGAAGGGCCAACAGAGGAUAAAACUGUGUCCAGAACCUUUCCAGACACCCCUGGAAUCAGUCACAAAGAGCACAUGAACUCCCCAAGUCCAGGAAUAACUCUCUUGACUGACAGGGCCUCCACUUCUUCUCUGCCCAGUCCAACUGAAGGGACUAACUACUCCAAGACUUUUCCCUCACCCUCUGUGGGAGGCUUGACUAGCAUUAUCAUGACUGGGUCCCAGACAGUCCCAGCUGAACCUCCUACCCCAGAACCCACAGAGUUCACAACUCCUGAGGGGGGCACUUCCUCUGUUGUGCCUGUGAUGGAAUUCAGCACCAGGGACAGUGGAAAAUUACAGAGUAGUUUCGCCUCCAGCAGCACUCCAGUGUGGGAGACCAGCAGAGCAGGCAGCACUAUAGCCUCAGAUAGUGGCACACUCACCCCAGGGAUGUUGCAUCUUUCUGAGAGCACUGCUAACCCCACGUCAAGUCCUGUGGGAGGGUCCAGCCCAGAGCCAGCUGUCUACACCACUCCAUCCCACACCCCAGGUUCUACAGGGACCAGGUUUGGGGGAGAGACAGACUCAUCCUUUGUAAUGACCACACCAGCGCCUACUGUCUCCAUCACCAGUAUCUCUGGGGCUCUGCCUGGAACAAAACCAGGGGGCCCCUUGUCCUCCACCUCCACUGAAGCCACAGAUCUUACCAUCACUGGAGCAGAUACUACCCUUCCGUGGUCAAGGACACUCUCUCCUUCACCUCCUGUAACCUUAUCAGGGGUCACUAAUAAGGCUGAGGACAUGAGUUCAGCUGCCCCUAGGACUGAAGUCACAAGUCCCAUCCUCAGCAGCAAGGUCCCAGACAUAGUCCCUUCUUCCCCUGUCAGCCCACUCAUUCCUGAGAUCCCAAGUACAACUUCACGUCCAUCUCCCAUAUUCUCAGCCACCACUCCUGACAGUGUACAAAGCAAAUUGAGUGCCCAUACUGACUCAAUUCCCUCUGGGGCCAUGACUCAUCGAGUCCCACAUAUAGACUCUGAGAUGACCCCAGGUCUCUCUCUGGCUACUCUAGCUACAGAGGACACAGUCAGUUCUAUCACAACCAAGACAACUCAAUACAGCGUGGGAGCUGAGGUAAGCUCAGCCCUUCCUCCUAGUACCAGCAUAAGAGAAAUCCAAACAAAUUCUGAGACUUUGAUUCCCAGAGAGACCAGCUCAGCUUCCAGGGGACCAGUGGUGACCACAGCGACCCCUGCCCACGCUGUAUCAGGUUCAAGCCUGUCUGCCGUGACCCAGCCUGAGUUAUCUGAGACCCAAAGUCCAUUAAUCACCCCCAAAGUCCCACAGGGGAGUGACACAGGAUCCCCAUUGUCUCCUAAUGCAACUGAGGCCUAUGGAGCAGGGACCAAAACAGCUUCUAUUCUGACCCCAGGACUAGGGGAGACCCAGGCUUCCAUGGGCACCAUCUUAGGCACAGAGGCCAGUGGUAAUGAUAGUGUGAUUCCCAUGACCAAUGUCCCAGAUCAUGGAGCACCAGUAGACAGUGGAACAGUGACAAGUGGCCCCUUGACCCUUGUAUCCACGGUUAGCCCCAUAGGAUCCAGUGAAGAAAGCAAAGGGAAGAUAGUGACAACAGCUGGAGAGUCAGGGACCACAAUUACUACAACUUCCAGCCCUGCAGUAGGAACACACUCUGUUCUGGCAACAACCACCCAAACUGCUACCCCUGGUACUACUGACUUGGUAAAAACCACUCUGCCUGCUUCUUCUGGCUUGCCAGAAACCACAGUAGCACCAACUACUUGGCUUGGAGUGGAGACAAGUACAUCUGAAACUAUCCUCAUUUCUGAGACCUCCACCCCACCUGGAACCACUGUAGGAGAAGGGAAGCCCAUAGUUGUCCCUUCAUCCACUGCUAUCUUUGACAUGACAGCAUCAACCACAGCUUUCACCUGGACCACUCUGCCCCCAGCAUGGUCCACAAGCUCCUUGGACACAACUCUUUCUGGUAUCAGUAGAGAAGAGACAAGCUCGAUUGCCUCUCUGGACACAUCAACCUCAGAGACCAUAGCUUUUGUCACUACAAGGAAAGAGCCUGCCCUGGUUGAGUCCACAGCCACAAUGGACAUUAGCAGAGGAGCUGAGACUAUGGUUCUGUCCACAAGUGGGUCGCCAACCAGCUCAGCUGCCCCGCUCAUUACCACUGCUCAGACAUCCACCUGGACCACCAUGGCCAUUACUGCAGAUACUGCCACAUACUUCCUAACACUCUUCUUCCUUUGCCAGCUGGAUCCCUUGUUCGAGAAGACCAGCCUUGGCUCAUUCUAUUCUGGGUGUAGGCUGAUCACGAUGAGGUCCAUGAAUGAUGGAGCAGCAACUGGAAUGAAUUUGGUGUGUGCUCGAUGGCAAGACCCCAACAACCCAACCUUAGACCGAGAGAAGCUUUACUGGGAGCUGAGCAACCAGACCCAUAGCAUCACCAGGCUGGGUCCCUACUUCCUUGACAAGGACAGUCUCUACCUCAAUGCACCUGGAACCAACCUGGUAUCCUUUACUACGAACUUCACCAUUACCAACCUGCUGUACACAGAAGAUAUGGGACAGCCUGGCUCGGAGAAAUUUAAUUCCACAGAGAGAGUUCUGCAGCGCCUACUCGGAGACUUGUUCAAAAACAGCAGUCUUGCCUCUAGUUAUUCUGGGUGCAAGCUGACCUCACUGAGGCCUGUGAAGGAUGGGGAAGCCACUGGAGUGGAUGCUGUGUGUACCUAUCGUGAAGGCCCCACUGACCCUGUGCUAGACCGAGAGAAGGUUUAUUGGGAGGUGAGCGAACAGACCCAGGGCAUCACCAGGCUGGGCCCCUACAUCCUGGACAAGGACAGCUUCUUCCUCAAUGAUGGAGUCUUCAUCCUCGAGCUGUUCACUUUGAACUUCACCAUCACUAACUUGUUCUGCACAACAGAAAUGGAGCAGAAGGGCUCCAGAAAAUUCAACGUUACUGAGAGAGUCUUGCAGCGCCUGCUUGGCCCUGUGUUUGAGAAGACUAGCCUUGGCUCAGGCUAUUCCGGAUGCAGACUGACCUUGCUGAGGCCUGCCAAGAACAAGACAGCAACUAGAGUGGAUGCCAUCUGCGGGUAUCAGAGAGACCCCACCAGUCCUGGACUAGAUAGAGAGAUGGUUUACUGGGAGCUGAACAAUCAGACCCAGGGCAUCACCAAGCUUGGCCCUUACACCCUGGACAAGAAUAGUUUCUAUCUCAAUGGUUACAACUAUCAGAUGAGUGUCCUCUCUUUCACAACCACUCCUGUGAUAAAAACUGUUGCUUCAGCACCCUCUCUGACCUCAUCAUCAUUCCCUAUCACCACAGCAGCUGUGAAGUCCCACUUCAAAAUUUUCACCCUCAACUUCACCAUAACCAACCUGUUCUACACAGAAGACAUGGGUCAAAAGGGUUCGAAAAAAUUCAACUCCACCGAGAAUAUACUGCAGCAUCUGCUCAACUCCCUGUUUAAAAAGAGCAGCCUAGGCACUCACUAUUCUGGAUGCACUCUGACCUUGCUGAGGUCUAUGAAGAAUAGGAGAGAAACAGGAGUGGAUAUUGUGUGUGCUUAUCAGGAAGACCCCUUCAUCCCUGUCCUGGACAGGGAGAGGGUUUACUGGGAGCUGAGCAACCAGACCCAUGGCAUCACCAGGCUGGGUCCCUAUACCCUGGACAAGGACAGUCUCUAUCUUGAUGGUUUUAACUACCAGAUGCCAGCACCCUCCACAAGCACCGGGGGCUCUAGCCUAGAAACUUUCACUCUGAACUUCACCAUCACCAACCUGCUCUACACAGAAGACAUGGGACAAACAAACUCCAGCAAAUUCAACUCCACUGAGCAAAUUCUGCAGCACCUGCUCAGCCCUUUGUUUGAGAAUAGCAGCCUUGGCUCCAGUUAUUCUGGAUGCAAGCUGGUCUUGCUGAGAUCUGUGAAGAAUCAGACAGCAACCACAGUAGAUGCCAUCUGCCUAUAUCGGAAGGAUCCCACUGGUCCCUUCCUGGAUAGAGAGAGGGUUUACUGGGAGCUGAGCAACCAGACUGGUGGCAUCACCAGGCUGGGCCCCUACACCCUAGACAAGGACAGCCUUUACCUCAAUGGUUACAAUCAUCAGUCCUCCACUCCAGCAACAAGCACCAGCAGCCUUAGUCUGGAGUCUUUCACCGUGAACUUCACAAUCACCAACCUGCUCUGCACAGCAGACAUGGGACAGCCAGGUUCCAACAAAUUCAAUGCCACCGAGAGAGUCCUACAGCGCCUGCUCGGUCCCUUGUUUGAAAACAGUAGCAUUGGCUCUCACUAUUCUGGAUGCAGACUGACCAUGCUAAGGCCUGUGAAGAAUGGCACAGCAACUGCAGUGGAUGGCCUUUGUACUCACUGGAAAACCCCCACCAUCCCUAGCCUGGACAGAAGGAGGAUUUACUGGGAGCUGAGCUAUCAGACCCACGGUAUUACCAGAUUGGGUCCCUAUACCCUGGACAAGAAGAGCCUCUACAUCAAUGGUUACAACUAUCAGAUGACCCUGUCCUCCUCCACAAGCAGUGAGUAUUCUUAUCCUGGGAGCAAACAGAGAACACUGCUUGUCUAUGCAGACCCUGUUCUCACAGUAAGGACUGCUUCCAUCUUUGAUCCAUUCUCUGAAAGGUGUUGCUGCAUUUGGCCACGAGACCGAGACAUAGAAGAUCUUAGAGUUGCUGGGGCUUUCAGCCAUGAUUCUUUCACUCUAAACUUCACCAUUACCAAUCUGAUGUACACAACAGACAUGGGCCAAAAGGGUUCCAGAAAAUUCAAUUCCACUGAGAGUAUCCUGCAGCGCCUGCUCAGUUCCUUGUUUGAAAAGACCAGCCUUGUGUAUGAGUAUUCUGGAUGCAGGCUGACCUUGCUGAGGCCUAUGAAGGAAGGAACAGCAACUGGAGUUAAUUUCGUUUGUACUCGUCGGACAGACCCUGACAACCCUGCCCUAGACAGAGAGAAGGUUUACUGGGAGCUGAGCAACCAGACCUGGAACAUCACCAGACUGGGCCCCUAUACCCUGGAUAAGGAAAGUCUCUACAUCAAUGCCAUAGAACCCAGCCUGACGCCUUUCACAUUGAACUUCACCAUCACCAACCUCCGAUAUUCGGCAGACAUGGGACGCCAGAACUCAGUCAAAUUCAACAUCACAGACACCGUCAUGCAGCACCUGCUUGCCCCCUUGUUCAAAAACAGCAGCAUUGGCUCCCUGUACUCUGGAUGCAAAGUGACUGAACUCAGGUCUGUGAAAAAAGGAUCACAGACAGGUGUGGAUGCUGUUUGCACCUAUCGGCAGUUCCCCAGCAGCACUGGUCUAGACGCAAAGCAGGUUUUCCAUGAGCUGAGCAACCAAACUCACGGCAUCCGGGAAUUGGGCCCCUACUCUCUGGACAAGGACAGUCUCUAUCUCAAUGACAUGGAGGAUGUGAGCUCGGUCAAAUUCAAUAGGAAGAACAGUCAUGCAGCACCUGGUUAUAAUGAACGUGGUCCAGUCCUACCCAGUGUUGUUCCAAGUCCAACCACAACAGUAGCACCUGUGCCUCCUCUGAUGCCCACAGGACCUGGAGGCUCCAAAGCUUCUUUGCUAACCACAUCUCCUCCAGCCACAUCCCCAGCUCCAUCACCUUUCUCAAGCACCACAGCUGCUAGCCUAAGCUUACAGUCUUUCACUCUAAACUUCACCAUCACCAACCUGCUCUACACAGAAGACAUGGGUCUUCCUGGAUCGGGAAAAUUCAACUCAACUGAGAGAGUCCUGAGGCAUCUGCUGGACACCUUGUUCAGGAAUAGCAGUAUUGGCUCUUUCUACUCUGGAUGCCAUCUGACCUCCCUGAGACCUGUGAAGAAUGGCUCGGCAACUGGAGUGGAUGUUCUGUGCACCUAUCGGAGAGAUCCCACCAGACCUGUCCUGGACAGAGAGAGGCUUUAUCGGGAGCUGAUCAAUCAGACUUUUGGCAUCAGCAGGCUGGGACCUUAUUCACUCGAUAAGGACAGUCUCUACCUUGAUGGUUAUAAUGAACACAGCACAGUCCAGUAUACUAGUACUCAAGAGCCAGACACUGCAUCCACAUCUGAAAUUCCCCUGAGCACCACUGAGCUUGGUGGUACCACAGCCCCUGUGACGACCAUAUUUGUUCCAGCAACAUCUCUGGCUCCAUCACCAUUCUCCAAUGCCACAGCCAGCAACCUCAGCCUGGAAACUUUUACCCUGAACUUCACAAUCACAAACCUGGCCUAUACAGCAGAAAUGGGACACCCAGGCUCCAGCAAAUUCAAUAACACAGAGAGGAUUUUGCAACGCCUGCUUGGACUGUCAUUCCGGAAAAGUAGCAUUGGUUCCUUCUACUCUGGGUGCAAAGUUACCUGCCUGAGACCUAUGAAGAAUGGCUCGGCAACUGGAGUGGAUGCUCUGUGCACACAUCGGAGAGACUCCACAAGCCCCUUCCUAGACAGAGAGAGGGUUUACUGGGAGUUGAGCAACCAGACAAAGAACAUCACCAAGCUGGGCCCCUACUCCCUUGAUAGGGACAGUCUCUAUGUCAAUGGGUUUUCACAUUGUAGCUUUAUUUAUGCGUUUUUCAUUCUAUGUGAUCUACCUCCAGCUUCUGUGAUGACCACUCUUCCUCCAGACACCUCUCUGACUCCAUCACCGUUCUCCAGCACCACAGCUGGUGGUCACAGCCUGGAACUUUUCACCCUGAACUUUACCAUCACCAACCUGUUCUACACAGAAGACAUGGGGCACCCUGGCUCUGGCAUUUUCAAUUCCACUGAGAGAGAGCUGCAGCGCCUGCUCAGCCCCUUGUUCAAGCAAAGCAGCAUUGGUUCCUCCUAUGCUGGAUGCAAAGUGAUUGCCCUGAGAUCUAUGAAGGAUGGCUCAGCAACUGGAGUGGAUGCUGUGUGCACUCAUCGAGGGGGGCCAACCAAUCCCUAUCUAGACAGAGAAAGGAUUUAUUGGGAGCUGAGUAACCAGACCCAUGGCAUCACAAGACUGGGCCCCUAUACUCUGGAAAAGGAUAGUUUUUAUCUUAAUGCUUUUGGUCCACCCACUGCAUCAUUAUUUACAACUCCCUUGGUGUCCUCAGGGCCUGGAGUCUCUACAGCUCCCGUGAGCACCUCGUUCCCUGAAGACACCUUUUCAACUCCAUCACCAUUCUUCAGCACCUCAGCUGGCAGCCAUGCCCUGGAACCUUUCACACUAAACUUCACUAUCACCAACCUGCGCUACACAGAAGACAUGGGGCGCCCUGGCUCUGCCAUUUUUGGCUCCACAGAGAGAAUCUUGCAGCAGCUGCUCAAUCCCUUAUUCAUGAAAACCAGCAUUGGUUCCUUCUACUCCGGAUGCAGGCUAACUUCACUGAGAUCAAAGAAGGAUGGCUCAGCAACAAGAGUGGAUGUUGUAUGCACCCGUUGGCAAGAUCCUGCCAGGCCCUUCCUGGACAGAGAGAAGGUUUACAGGGAGCUGAGCAACCAGACCUAUGGUAUCACCAGGCUGGGCCCCUACAUCCUGGAUGAAGAGAGCCUCUACCUUAAUGGUUAUAAUGAACAUAGUCCAGUCCAACCCAUGACAACUUCUGGGUCAGCCACUGGAUCAACCUUCACACAUUCCCCAGGACCCACGGGGCCUGGAGCCAACACAGUCAGUGGAACUGCUAGCCUGGAAUCUUUCAUUCUAAACUUCACCAUCACCAACUUACUCUACACAGAAGACAUGGGGAGCCUAGGCUCUGAAAAGUUUAAUGCUACAGAGAGGAUCCUUCAGCGCCUGAUUGGUUUCUUGUUCCGGGAAAGUAGCAUUGGCCCCUUCUACUCUGGAUGCAAGGUGACUUCUUUGAGACCUAUGAAGAAUGGAUCUGCAACUGGAGUGGAUGCCCUGUGCACACAUCACUUUGACCCUGCCAACCCUGUCCUGGACAGAGAGAGGGUUUAUCAGGAGCUGAGCAGGGUGACACAUGGCAUCACCAAGCUGGGGCCCUAUACCCUGGACAAGGACAGUCUUUACCUUGAUGGUUAUAAUGAACACAAAGUGGUCAGACCUACUACCACAACGUCUCUGGCUCCCUCACCAUUCUCUAGCUCCACAGCCAGUGGCCACAGCCUGGAGGCAUUCACCUUGAACUUCACCAUCACUAACCUUCUCUACACUGCAGAGAUGGAGCACCCAGGCUCCAGCAAAUUCAAUUCCACUGAGAGGGUCCUGCAGCGUCUGCUUGGCCCCUUAUUUCGGAACAGCAGCAUUGGCUCCUCCUACUCUGGAUGCAAGCUGAUGUCCCUGAGACCUAUGAAAGAUGGAUUAGCAACUGGAGUGGAUGCCUUGUGCACCUAUCGGAGAGAUCCUAACAGCCCCGUCCUGGACAGAGAAAGAGUUUACUGGGAGCUGAGUAACCAGACAUAUGGCAUCUCCAUGCUGGGCCCCUACUCCCUUGCUAAGGACAGUCUCUAUCUCAAUGGUUAUAAUGAACAUAUUCCAGUCCAACCCUCUACCACUCUAGGGUCAGGGACUGCAUCCUCAGCUGCAACCUCUCUGUGGCCCACAAAGCCUGGAGGCUCCACAGCUCCUGUGUCAACUACAGUCGCUCCAGAAAAAUCUCUGGUUCCUUCACUGAUUUCCAUCACUACAGCCACUGGCCACAGCCUGGAGGCUUUCACACUGAACUUCACCAUCACCAACCUGCUCUAUACAGCAGACAUGGGAAACACUGGGUCCAAUAAAUUCAAUACCACAGAAAAAAUCCUGCAGCACCUGCUUGACCCCCUGUUCAGGAAUAGCAGCAUUGGCUCCCUCUAUUCUGGAUGCAGAGUGAUCUCUCUGAGCUCUAGAAAAGAAGGGUCAGCAACAGGAGUGGAUGCUGUGUGCCUCCACUGGAGAGAACCCAGCGUCCCCUUUCUGGACAGAGAGAGGGUUUAUUGGGAGCUGAGCAACCUGACAAAUGGAAUCACCAGACUUGGCCCUUAUACCUUGGACAAGAAUAGUCUCUACCUCAAUGGUUAUAAUGAACACAAUUCAGCCCUGUUUACUACUAUUUCUGGCCUAUACAGUGCAUCAACAUCUGCAACUCCCUUGGGCUCCACCGGGAGGGGAACCUUCACAGCUCCUGUGCAGACCACAUAUACCCCAUCUACCUCUCUGGUUCCUCCAUCAUUCUUCAGCACCACAGCUGGUGGCCAGAGUCUGGUGCCUUUCACACUGAACUUCACCAUCACCAACCUAUUCUACACAGAAGACAUGGGGCAACCUGGAUCUAAUAAAUUCAACAGGACAGAGAGCAUUCUGCAGCGCCUGCUCAGUCCCUUGUUCAAGAAAAGCAGCAUAGGCAACUUCUACACUGGCUGCAAAGUGGCCUCCCUGAGACCAAAGAAGGAUGGCUUAGCCACAGGAGUGGAUGCAGUGUGUACUUAUUGGAGAAACCCCACUAAAUCCAUUAUGGACAGAGAGAAAGUCUACUGGGAACUGAGCAACCAGACACAUGGUAUCAGCAGAUUGGGACCCUACACCCUGGAUAAAAACAGUCUCUACCUCAAUGGUUACAAUGAACGAAAUCCACCCCAAUUGGGUACCACUCCUGGCCUAACCACCAUACCACCACCUGCAAUCCCUCUGGGACCCACAGGACCUGGACACUGGACUGCCAGUGACCUCAGACUGCAUCCUUUUACCUUGAACUUCACCAUCACUAAUCUACCCUAUACUACAGACAUGGGACACCCAGGCUCUACCAAAUUUAACAACACAGAAGGGGCCCUUCAACGACUGCUGGGUCCCUUGUUCAGGAACAGCAGCAUUGGAUUGAACUACACUGGAUGUGGACUGAUAUCUCUGAGACCUGCGAAGGAUGGGUCAGCAACUAGAGUGGAUGCCAUAUGUGUCCAGCAGAGAGGCCCCACCAGCCCAGUCUUUGACCGAGAGAGAGUUUACCAGGAACUGAGCAAGCAGACUCACGGCCUUACUAGGCUGGGACCUUAUGCUUUGGACAAAGACAGCCUCUGUCUCAAUGGCUAUUCAUCUCAGAGUAUCCCUGGACAAGGAGAAUACCAGCUUGAUUUCAGGAUCAUCAACCACAACCUUAGCAACCCUGACCCCACAUCCCCAGAGUACCAAGCACUGCAGAGAGACAUCCAGAACAAGAUGACACAGCUGUACUCAAGCAGCCAGCUCCAGGAUAGAUUCCGCUACUGCCUCAUCACAGGCCUCAGGAUAGGCUCUGUGUUGGUCACCUGCAACUGCAGCUUCUCCUCCAACCUGGAUCCUGACACCAUCGGACAAGUGUUUCUGGACAGGACCCAGAAUGCCACCGCCCACUGGCUGGGGGACUCCUACGAGCUGGAUAACCUUCAAGUGACAAAAUUGGAACUAGCCUUUCCACUGUCUACAGCUAAGCCAUUGAUUGACUCCAGGCUCCAACAUUUCCGGCUAAACUUCACCAUCACCAGCCUGCUCUAUUCCCAGGACUUGACACUCCCUGACUCAGCCAAAUAUCAGGACAACAAAAAUGGCAUUGAGGAGGCGCUAAACCAGCUCUUCAGAAACAGCAGCAUCAAGAAGUACUUCUCUGAUUGUCAAGUGCAGACCUUUAGGCCUGUCCCUCCCAGCAGCCACACAGGGGUGGACUCCCUGUGUGAUUUCACACAAACCACUCGAGGCCAGGGCUUUGACAGGGCUGCCGUGUAUGAAGAGUUCCUCAGACUGACAAACAAUGGCACCCGACUACAGAACUUCACUCUGGAUCGGAACAGUGUCCUGGUGGAUGGGUAUUCUACCAACAGAAUAGAUGGAACAAUGAAGAAAACCCACCUGCCCUAUUGGGCCAUCAUCCUCAUCUGCCUAGCUAUGCUCCUGGGGCUCAUCGUUAGCCUGAUAUGCUGCUUUGUGGUCACCAUGUGCUUGCGGAAAAAGGAAGGAGAUUACGAGGUCCAAAGGCGAACCAUCAGCUCUUACCUCUCCCACCUGGACCUGAGGAAAAUUCAUUGAUAAUGGACUGUGAUAAAGUAGCAAAGUGAACCCAGGCACCUUGACCCCUGGUGCUGACCAUAACCUUGGAGGGGGCUGGG